CACUUAAAAGUAGACAACCAUAACAUUUGGCACUGUGGCGGAGGUACCAUGUCAAAAUUAUAUAUUUUCAAACAAAAAUGUAUAGGAAACACAUAUUUUCGCUGUUUGUUCUGUUGAUUUUUAUGUUUAGUGAAGAAGGGGAAUGUACACAUUUAAAAGGGACAUUUAAAUCUAGUGAUUUUUUUAAAUUUCUAAUAAAAUUUGGUUUCCAAAAGACUGAUCAACAUCAAGCAGAAGUUACUCAUGGAUAUAUAUUUGGAAAUAUUACAUCCAAACAACAAUUUUCAGUUCCUAUAACAUUUGCUGUGUUGGAUAGGCCCUAUUUUCUGGAUUAUUAUAAGAACAGAGUAAUAUUGGAUAAAAAUGAGGCUUGCAAAAGAAUGUUUAGUACACUUAAAACCAGAGCAUACGAUAGUAAGUGUAGUAUAGAUGGAAAAGAUUAUUUGCGAAGAAUUCCUUGCCCGAAAAAUAAAUUGUGUGAAGAUGAGGACAACCCAUGGAAUGUCGUUAAAAAUUAUCAGUUCACAUAUGUUAUUCAAGAUUUCAAACAACCAUCAUUUUGGUACCUCUCAAUAGUAGCUUGCUACCAUGACACAACAACCUGCGAAUGGCACGAAUACAAAACCUACACUGAUUACGAAAUAGAGUAUGAUAUCUGGCUUGUAAAUGGCAAUCCUAACAGUUCGUCAUAUAGUUCACUAACAUACCAAUUUUCUUUCGACAGACAAAACACUCUAGAACUUUACUUUGUAUUUUGGUUGUGUUACAUGGUAUUGGUGCCACUUCAAUGCCAUGCAGUUAAAACCCAGAAACAUCCAGUAACUAGACUCUUCACAGCAAGUUUAUUAUUGGAUUUCAUAGCACUUUGUCUCAUUUUGGUACACACGUUGAGGUAUGCUUUAGAUGGAGAAGGGUAUCCUAAAUUAGCUUUGACUGGAGAUAUAUUUGAUAUUUUAUCCAGGACUACAUUUAUGCUUCUACUGCUUCUUUUAGCUAAGGGGUGGGCUGUAACUCGUUUAGAAUUGACAUGGAAACCUCUUGUUUUUGCUAUAUGGUUGUGCUAUGGUAUAGUACACAUUCUUCUAUAUGUUUGGAAUUUAACUGAAGUGGAUAUAAUAGAAGAUAUAGAUGAAUAUCAAACAUGGCCUGGAUGGUUGAUAAUCGUAUUUAGAUCGUUGAUAAUGAUUUGGUUUUUAUAUGAACUUCGUACUACUAUGUUAUACGAACAUAACACUCAAAAAUUGAAUUUUUUGCUCCACUUCGGUGCAUCUAGUUUAGUUUGGUUCAUAUAUUUACCAAUAUUGGCACUUAUAGCUUUACAUGUGUCCGCCUUAUGGAGAUUCAAAUUAUUAUUAGGUAUAACAUAUUCAGCAGACUGUUUUGCAUAUUGCGUGAUGGCCCAUCUGUUAUGGCCGACUCGUUCCGAACAAUAUUUCCUACUGAAGGGGCCUUCUUCGGCAGAUUUGGAGGAACUGGAUGAAUUCAACGAAGCACCUCAUAUCGUCAAUAAUUCCUACACUUCAAUGUCCAGCAUCAAUUCUUAUGAAAUUUGUAAAUAUGAUGCUAGCGAAACCCAAAAAACUAAACUCAUCAAUAUAAAUACGUGAAAAAAAAAAGGAAAAAGAAUAUUUUUUAUUUUUCUAUAUUCUAUGUUGAUAAUGUUGAAAUGAAAAAGAAAGUGUGGUUAAAUUAAGUUAUCUAAUUACUAUAUACAAAGACUAGGUACGAUUUUAACUGUAAGUACUUGAUGACUGAGAUUUUUUUCUCUUAACCUAUAAAAGUUGGAUUUUUUUGUAUAAAUUGAAUUGAAUGAGAGCAUCUGAAAGGUUAUGAAAAACACUAAUAUUGUUUUUUUAAAAUUAAUUAAAAGUGCCAUCGUUUUGACAUUGCAAAGGCCAACUUCACCCCUACACUAUCUAUGAUUUUGAUUUGAGACAGGUUUUACUAAAUGGUUCCAUUCAUCAUAUUUGGAUAGUCAGAGAUGUACAAAAUACAAAGUAUCUGGAAUACAAAAUGCAAGAUACUUUUAAAUUAAGUAUUUCAGGUACCAGAUACCAAAUCCUUUCGAGAUAAUAGUCUCUGAAAUACUAGAUACAAAAUAAGAACCUAGUAAAUACUUUUUAAUAUGAAGAUACUUUUGUAAGAAAACAAGAUUUUAUUUUUGAGGAAUUCCAGUUUAUUUUUGAAAAUAUUUUUUAUGAAUAAAUCGUAUUAAUCGCUGAAAUAUGACAAGACGAAAUAUUAUAUUUCUAAGUAAAACUAGUUUUUUAAAUAUUUAAUCGCUCAUUUUUCUUCGAUGAGGCAUUAGAAUUAUACCCCCAAAAAAAAGAGUCGCUCUACAGGGACAGAACUCUGCAAACAGGUGUUAUAUUUCAAAAAUCUUUUUUUUUAUUGUAAGUGUUUAAGCUCUUUAAACUAAUAUCUUCAUUAUUUAGGUAUUGCAGUGUUUCUAAGAUUCAUCUCUUGACUUCCUUUUUAUAUCUCCCUCGAUACUGUCUAAAACCUCCGAUUUUUGUUUUUCAUAUCGAUUAAUUUUCGCUCUUUUGGUACCCAUUUCAUUUCAAAGAACGAAUGUGAUACUGAGGCUAAAAUUGCAACAUUUGCUGCAGACUCCAGCUGCAAAACUUUUUGAAACGUCUAUUUAGGUUUUCCUCAAUGACAUUAAGGAGAGAAAAGUGGUAUUUUAGAUUUUCUUCUAUUCUAUCUUCUCCAGGGGCUUUCCCUUUACGUAUUCUUUUGAUUUCUUUUUCCACUUCAUUUUUAGUUGGACAUUUUGAAUCUUUUUUUUCUUUUGUAGUUUCUGGAUUUGCCUCUGUUAUGUUCCUUCCAUCUUCGUAUAAUUUAUUUUCAUAGUACUCUUUCCAUAUUUUCCCAAAUUUUUUAGGAUCGGAUCGUUUUGUAAUACACCAUUCUUCUUUUUUAUUCCUUUUCGUUUUGGGGAAGUGGUUUGAUGUAUUAUCUCUUUAUAAAAUUGUCUCAUAUGUGUUUUAUAUCCCUCUUCUCUAUCUUUACUAAUUUCUUAUUUACCUAUUCCCUCUUUUUUCUUUUAUUUGUUACAUUUGCUAUGUUUCUUUGCCUCUGAUAAUCUUUUCUGUUCUGCUCUUCUCUUUAUUCAUUCUUACCAUGUUUUUUAAUUUUCUGGCUUCUUCACACUCUUCGUCGUACCAGUAUUUGUUUGUAUUCUUUGUUAAUACUUGUUUUCAGUUUUUAUUAUAUUAUAGUUCUUUUCAUUUCUAUAUCUCUUGUGUUAUCAGAGGUUAUAGAAAAUUACCAUUUUCAGUGUCUGCGUUAUCUUCAACUGUUUUGCCUUAUUCUGCAUUACCAAUGUUUUCAAUAGAAGACAAGCUGGAAUAGCUACAAAAAAUAUCGACAGAUACAUGUCUGUUUUCUUUGGUCAUUUUUUUUCUAUAUAAGCCAUAUCGUAAGCUUCUCAAAAGAAAACCAUGGUUAUCUUAUUAGGCCAGUGUGACCAUUUGGUAACGAGCAUAUUUCUUUGUAUGUUCAUAUAGAUCAUACUAUUUUUAGGUUAGGUCUUUUCAAGCUUCUAAGAAAAGCAUAAUUAGCGGUUCCAUGGCUUUCAGUAGUUAUUCUUGUCGACACAUUAAAAGAAGUGGUUCAGAAAUGAUUCUACACUCCAUCUAGUACCACUGAAUUUGAGCAAAUACUAAAUUCGUUAGCUACUCAAUUUUUUCUAAAGAUGGCGUGUCUAUAUAAUCACUAGGCUUUGAUGGGUUAUAUCAGUUGUUAUUAUAGUGUAGAUAGUGAUUUGUUUGUUUUCUAUUAUCAAGUAGUGCACUUACGUGUUUAUUUUCAAAGCUUGUCAGAAACCAAGUGAAUUUUUUGAGCUCAGCUCUUUUCGAAUUACACAAGGAACAUUUUCCCAAUUUAUUCGUUUUAUGUUGGGAUCCAUAUGUACAUGAAGAAAUACUUCUUCUUAUAUUCCAAUUUGUAGAUUGCUUAUCAAUUUUUAUUUCAUUGCUUUUAUAUUGAUUAUGAGAAAAUAUCUUAUUAAUAUUUAUUUUAUAAUAUUUCAAAUAUUUAAUACGUAUGUAUUAGGUUUUGACAUUUACUUUUUAUCGAAAAACAAAAAGUUUAUCAACAUUGCGCCCCAAAAUUGAUGCAUCUUUUUGUAAAAUAGAAAAAUUGAUCACAUGAAAUUUUUUAUAACGCCAAUGAAUUGAAGGUAUGUCUUCCAAAUAUUUUUUUUAUGUUUUCAUACACUAUUUUUGUUUUGAAACGUAUUUUUACAAUAUUUGAUAAAAUUAUUCAAAGACCAAGUUUUAUUAAGUAAAAUGGUACUUCAACCGAUGAAUAUAUUGUUACAGUUUAAAAUGGCACUUUGACUUAUGGAGACACAAUGUACUAUGUGGCAUAUGGCAGGAUUUCUGUAGCCUGGCAAUAAUUGAAGAAGACCUGGAUAAGGUUUUCAUUUGGUGACAAUAAGAAGCUUUAUUACAAUCACUGUACAAACCAUUAAAGUAAUUCCUUCAUUUUGUCCAAGAACACACUCAUUCAAGAAAGUAGUGUACAGAUGCUCAAUUCAUAAGAGAUGUUAUCGAACCAUAUUUACCCUUUUUAGGAGAAUAAUUCUUAUUAAUAUACAGUAGCACAUGGUUCGACGUUUUAGAACUACUUGUGGUACCGUAUGAACUGUUUGUAGGAGGAGAAUUUUUAUUAUGAUAUAAUCCACGUACACAAAUGGUUAAAGAAGUACAAAAUUACCUCCAGAAAAUGGAAAUUAAAAUUCUAGAUUGGCCCGCAAAAAGUCUUGACGUCAAUCCUAUUAAAAACUAUUGACUUUGCGGUUUGUAGGGCUGGAGAUUCUUACUACUUCCAGAAAGUGAAUAUUGCCAUUCUAGCUUGACUCUCAUGAAGUCUUGACAUCAAUCCUAUUGAAAACUAUUGACUUUGCGGGUUGUAUGGCUGGAAAUUCUUACUAUUCAUAGACAGUGGAAAUUGCCAUUCUAUCUUGGCCGGCAUAAAGUCCUGACUUUGCAGGUUUUGGAGUUGGAUCCUUACUACUUCCAAGAAGUGUAAAUUCCAACUCCAUCUUGGUCCGCAAGAAGUCUUGAACUCAAUUAUAUUAAAUACUUGUAGGACUUUGAUGGUUAUGGAGUUGGAUCCUUACUACUUCCAGGAAGUGUAAAUUCCAAGUUUAGCUUGGUCCACAAGGAGUCCUGACCUUAAUUAUAUUGAAUAUUUGUAGGACUUUGCAGGUUAUGGUUUUGCAUCUUUACUACUUUCUGGAAGUGAAAAUUCCAAAUUUUGUAAGGCUGAAUCCUUACUAUUUACAGAAAGUGUAAAUUCCAAGUCUAGCUUGGCCCGCUGGUUCUGAUUUAGAUCUUAUUCGAUACUUGUGGGACUAUAUGGGUCCUAGAGUAAUGAUAAGUAAUGCCAGAAGUAUCAUUAGUUAUAUAUCAUUCGAAACAGCAGCAUACGCAGAUGAUAUUAUAGUAGGAAGAUGACUACCAAUGGUUAAUGAUAUAUAUUUAAAACUGCAAGAUGAAGCUAAGAAGGUAGGGUUAGCAGUCAACAAAGGAAAAACGAAAUUAUCAACACUAGCUAGUAGGAAUAGUAUGCUUCAGAACGUUAUGAUAGGAGAUGAUAAUUUGAAAAGAGUAACAAAUGUCUGGGUCUACAGCUUACUAAGGAUGGAAACGAAAACAUAGAGAUCAGAAGAAGAAACACGUACGUUUUUGUGUCAAUGAAUGGCAGAUUACAUAAAUACCAUGAAAAUGAAGUUAUAAUGAGUUAUAUCAAAAACCCAAGAAACUGCAGAUCUCGGACUUUGUUUGAGUACAGAGUGCGCAACAAAUAGUGCGAAUUUAUGGACAAAGAAUGCCGAGAAAAGAACUGUUGAAGGGCGUAGGCCAAUUGAAAGACCUCAGAAAAGGUGGUAGAAAGAAGACGCAAUCAGUCUUCUAGAGAUAUGCAAUUGGAGGAGGGCGAUUCAGGGACAGAGACAAUUGGGGAAGAAAGCGAGGUCACGUCCCACAGUGUGCUGUAGUAGCACCAUAGAAGAAGAAGAAGAAGAAGUCGGGUCCUAGGGUUAGAGCUUUACUACCUUCAUAUGGAUUGAAAUACAUUUAGGAACCAGAUUUUAAGUACGCUUCGAAGAUGCUAAGCAGUAAUCAUAUCAAGGGAAGACACUACAUGGUGUUAAAUCUAUCAAAUACAAGCUUAAAUUCGUCAAAAUAAUAGGUUAUUUAAAAUUAGGUUAUCAAUAUUUAGUGUUUCCUCGUCUAGUCCUAAUAACAGCUUCCAAUCGCUUUUUCAUGGAUCGAAUAAGUUUAUUUACUUCAUCUUAUUCAAUGCUAUCCCAUUUUUUAUAGAUCGCCGAUUUGAGGUCCGAUUUCGUGACUGGUUGCAGAAUUUCUAGCCAGAACUUUUUUCCCAUAGAUGUUGAUAUCCCCUAAAAUUUCUUGUGUGUAUCGCUUCGCCGUUAAUCCUUCUACUCCACCACCAAUUUCAAUAAAAACCAACUCGGUUUUUGUUUCCAUUGAAAUUCCCGCCCAAACCUCCUCCAGAAGCAACGUUUUCUUUCAUACAGACUGCGCGAAUCUUUCUUCAGGUCUUCUGUAGCUCAUCCUCUUCUAUCGCUACCACACUUUACUUUUAUCUGAGAAGACAACGGAGUCCCAUUGUUCGUCAGUCCAAUUGAGCAGCUUCAUCAUUUGUCGUGUCCAUUUGCAGGUAGAAUUCUUUGUUGUUGUGUUCCAUAGCUAACUGAUAGUGGUGGAUCAGAUAGAUAAACUUUUCUAACGGUCAAUUACCACUAAUUAGCUCUAUUAUAAACAAGUAUAAAAGGGGGCUAGUAAUCAUAAGAUAUAAUUGGAUUGUGUUUUUAAAAUAAUCAAGCUAUUCAAAAAUAUGUUUGGUUCAUUAGAUUUAGAAGGUGAUUUUUCUAUUUUUUAGGAUUGUGCAUUAAUUUUGGCGGCUCAGUAUAUUUUAUUUUACAUGGAAUUCACCGACUACAAUUUUUUUCAUUUCAACAAAUUCCAAUUUACGAUCUUAUGAUAGAAUUUAAUUACUUUUUUAUUGAUAUCUCAUGUAAUAUUUUCAGAAUAUGAAAUCAAUCCAAUAACCCUAAUUACAAAACUACAAAAUAAUCAUUAGAUUUUUAAAAUACAGUUUUUGUUGCAUAGUUGCCAUGUUGUGAAGUUCAUAGUUGCACGUUUUGUUAGAAUCAGAUGAUUCUUUUGUAUUCUAUUUCAAGUUUUUUUUAACAACUUGUUGUGAUAUUUUUUUUGUCAAGCACAUUUUGGAAGGUGUUAUUUACAUGUACCGUUUAGAAAGAAAACUUGUUUAAAAAAAUGAAAAACGAAGCAAAAAAAUAUUUAUAUGUGAUGUUAAUAUUUAAAUCUUAAACAUUAUUUUAUAGAUAUUUGUAUAUACUUUGACAUAAUUUACAUUGUGGUUGAUGUAUUAUUUAAGCACUACUAUUAUUUUAUGUGAUGACAUAAUGAUUUUAAAAAUUAUUAGAUUAAGUUUAAUACAGUGUUUACAAUAAGUAAUAUUUCUACAAAAACAGUUUUUUUCAAAUGACACAAUUGUGAAUACAACAACUAGAAAUUAAUUUUUUUGUUAUUAUUUCCCAUCGAAUUGAAAGUUCGAUUUUGAUUGGUCAUAAUUACCCUUAACGGACGGAGUUUUUUUUUGUUUUUUGAUUAAUAAAUAAUUUUUGGCAGUUUUGUUUGAUAUAAGCUAACAAAUAACAUGAAUAAAACAAAAUAAAACAUUACACUGGUCUACAACAUUUUUGCGCACGGGUUAUACGUUAUUUAUUUUUAUUGCUGUUAUACCUAGAAAUAAGAAUUAGAACAAACAAUUUUCCUGAAUUUGUUUUUAUGAAUAUGGAAUCAAGUACAUAGAAAAUCAACAAAGAAAAGAUUUAUUAAAACAUACACAACAAAAAUCAACAGUUUUAAAAUGGAGAAAUUUAAAAAUUACUUUUUCUGUUUUGUUCGGUAGAGGGUAGAAGGAAACAUAGUACUCCCAUUAAUAAAAUUAGACAACGUGUGGGUCUCAAUUACUAAAAAAUGCAUGUAUCAAGUUAAUAUUUGUCACUGAAAAUAGAAUUGGAAACACAGUACUCCCGUUAAUAAAAUUAGACAACGUGUAAGUUUCAAUUACUAUAAAAUGCAUGUAUCAAGUUAAUAUAUGCCAAUGAAGAUAGAAUUGGAAACAGAGUAAUUUCAUUUGUUUUUUUUUUAUUUAAAAACAGUAUAAUCGAUAAAAAUCCAUGAGAUAUAUGGACAAAACUAUAGAAGAAUUGUAUUAUUGAUGGAGAACAAUGCAUCAAUGUUUUAUAGAACAAACUUUUAAGAUUAUUUAGUUCUUGAGGUCUAAAAAUUACAGAUAAUCGCCUGCUUUUAACUAUUUUUUUCAGUAAUUGUCUUCUUUUUCAGCUGAAAUUCUGUUGUUUUCAUCAUCUUCUAUAAACUUGACUACAGUUUCACUUGUUGCAAUUUGAAUUUUUUAUCAAAGGACCCUGCACAAUUUUUUCAAAUAUAGUUUUGGUUUCCUUUUUGAAAGUUUAUUGAUUGAAAUGCUUAUUAAAUUAAUUUUUUAGAACCUCUCCUCGAAAAGGAUUUCUUCUUACAGUCAGAAGCAUCUUUGUCCAGAUAUCAUUUCUAAAAUUAUUUUUUAUCAGUUGUCAUCUUUUAUCAUUGUUUUCUUGAGUCUGUAAUAAAGGGUUUUGUAUAUAUUUUCAAUUACUUGAGACGCUUCUAACAUUUUAGUUAUUUAAUUUUUUCCCCUUCCUCCCAAUUUGUUCUAACAAAAUUUUUUCUUGAAUCAAACCUGAUAGUACGCGGCAAUUAAAGGCCGCUUGACAUGAUGCAAUACUCAAUAUUUAUUGAUCAAAAGUAUGCGCAGAUAAACAUCUUCACGACGCUUUCUUAUAUCUGAAUUUUCAGUUAAUAUGCGAUGUACUGCACCUUUAUAGAAUGUCUACUACAUCUGCUAGCUAGCCACUUUCAGUCGACGGUCAUUUAAUACCGCUUUGUGGAUUUUCUACAACAUUUUUUGAGUCGUCACCUCAUUUGACCUACCACUGCGAUGAUGGUCUUCGUAGUUCGUACGGUCUCGUUUAAACUAUGUUACCCAAAAUUUUACCAAACAACGUGGCGACUUCGAACUUAAAAUGUAUAUGCUGUAUAGAUCUUAUACUUUCUAUACAGUGGUAUUUUUCAAUCAACUACCACCAUCUUUCGGUCAGGCCUUCUGGGACCAUCCUCAUACUUUACACUAUUGUAAACAGUGUAUAUUUAUUGGUAUUUGUUCUUGUUCUAUGAAUGGACCCGAAUCAAUAAAAAAUUUAUUAUUAAUUUCAGUGUAAUCUAUUAAAAAAAAACGUUUUUGAUAUGUGAUGACAUCACAAAAGUAUGUAAGUAGUUAUAAGAAUAUUUAUUUUAUUGUAUUUUUAACUUUAGGAGUGAUACGUAAUGCACAUUUUAAGAUAAUUUAUUGCUCAAAUACAAUUUCACACGUCCAUUUUUGAACUGGCAUAUUAGAUUUUAUGUAAUGGUCUGCGAUUUUCAUAAUUAGAACUAACAUUGGACCAUACAGUUACAUGGACUACCAUUUUGGUAAAAAAUCUAGAAAAAAAAUAACGUCAAAACGAUUCUAUAUUCCUAAGUUUUUGCUAAUUAACCAAGAAAACACUCACUCAGGCAAUGUCUUGCCGUUAAAAUACCGGAAAUCAAUUACUAUAGCGACAACGAACGGUUAAGUGUCCCCAAAUUCCUCACUCCGAUGAAGUGUACGUGAAGUCGUAGAUGUCCUUUGAGAAGCCGAUCAGGCGCUUUGGCUGGAACACUUUGACGUCAUUAGGCAAGCUGUGAGGCGUGACCGAGUGUUUAAACCGCGCUCGUAUGAGUGCAAGACACUCACAGAUGACAUGCUCUGCGGUCUCGUCCUCCUCCAUGCACCAAUGGCACUCCGUGAUGCCCAUGGUGUGGAUAUGGCGUCUUAAACGGCAGUGUCUAGCUAGAAAUCCGGUCACUAAUCUGAUUUCGCGCUUGUUUAGUUGGAGUAGUUGUUUUGUGUGAGACGCACAAGGUUCAUCUAUGUGUACCUUCGCUUGUCUCAUGCUAUGUGUCUUUAGUCAAGCCCGCCUUGCGAGUAAACCUUGACAGCAACGCUUUUAGCCACACCAAGGAUGGGUUCUGGGACCAUCGUCAUACUAGGAUAAUUAAAAAGGGAAGUUGAGCGAGGUUAGGUUACACGAAUUGAAGUGAAGUUUGUCUCUACAGUAUCUUAUUCGGUCAACUUUGCGUGUAGGAUAUUAGAUGCUGUGAAAGCUUAAUUUGCGGAUCUGAUCUGAUCUAUUACCAAUCAGUUAUAAAAGUUUUGGGAUUAGUUUUGUUAGAGAACUGAAAAUUGGGCUCGGUUGUUCAUUGUUCCUGGUAAAUUAACAUGCACAUUACAGUGUUACUGAAUCUAUUCUAAAUUUGACGAGAAUAAAGCUAAAAGUUUGCAUUUUUAUUUAUAGUUUUUGUCAAAGAUCUACAGACAAUAAACAUUAUUGUUAAGUUUCUAAAUCAUUUCCACAUAUCACUAAAUACCAAUUUAUCAAGGAAAAUACUACCCUUGACUGUUUUUAAUGAUUCCAAAAGAAUUGGAAAGCGUUUCCAAUGUGAAAAUAGUUUCCAAUUCUUUUACAAUUGUUAAAAACAAAACGCAUUGAAAAUCCCCACUGGAUGAUGAUAUAUCUAAUAAAUAAUUCACCAUUUUCCUUUUGCUGAAGAGCAUAGGGGAAGUACCAGUCUAUGUAACUGUAUAGUCUAAAAAUGCAACACAUCAUCGAUCAAUAAGUCCCCGAUAUGGUGAACCCAAAAUUUUUCCAACCAAAUAAUGUGUUUAGCAAUGCUUUUAAAAACAUUUCUAUUAAUCAUUUGAUUGGUACUUGUUUGCUUAAAAUGUUUCUUUCAUUUAUGCUUGACUGCUUUAAAUGAAAAGAUACUCAACAAAAAUCAUACCUAAUUAUUUGCCAUUUCAGUUAUUUGCAAAGAAUAAUAGCGCCAAAAUGAAUUCCGUCAUUUUGAAUGAAGAGCUCAAGUCUCUUUUCAAAAUCUCCCAGCAGACGAACUCACAUCCCUGUAGGGUUGGAUGUAAUUUUUUGAAUUAAUACAUGCUGAUAAGUAAGGGGACCUGGAACGCAAAGAAACAUUGCUAAAUCUGUCUAGGAAAUAUGCACUAAAAAUUCCUGGAACCAAACAAGUUUUAAGAGGAUUAAUCUUUUUAAUUCUGGUUUCAAGCUUACAAAUUAACCAUAACUGUGACCCCUUUGGAAAAAAUAAUAACUGCAGAGCCGAAAGUGCACUAGGAUAGAAGACGGUUAUGGAUAAGUUGUGGAUGCUCUGGAACCCAGUAUCGUAGGAGCUUCAUCGACCAUCACUUCAAUUGCAUUUUCAUUGGAUCACUUCACGUACGACAAAAUUAGAUGCCUUAAGUUGUGGUACAAUGAGCAUUUUAUAGGGAUUGUAUUUUUAUUUUUUAUGCAAAAUUUCACGAUUGAUUCGUAGUUCAUUAGCUGUCCUGAGUACCGCUUUCCUACUCUUCCACAUUUUCUUGUUAUACUGCAUCUGAGGCUAGGAUACUUUCUACCCAGUAUGUUUCUAGUCGAUCUGAUGUUCAAUCACCUGAUUAUUGUGUUACCACUUGAAUAACCGCUGCGUAGUUAUAAUAGACUCAUCACUUCUCGCAAAAUUCUUACAGACUAACAAUGAACCUGCUCCAUAAUGACUGAGUAAAUGUGUACAGCAACUAGUUCCACCACCGCACUCCCAGUACUACGUAGUUCGAAAUAGUAUCAAACAAUACCAGAUCUGAAGAAUAUAGUCGGUGCUUGAACAAUUCGAAGUUCAAGUAAUUUUUUUUUACUUGUACAUUAUCUUGGCGAAAAAGAAUUUACGUCUUUUGGGUAUGAAGCAAUGUUAAUUGUUUCUUCUUUUUCCAUAUCAUCGAUGGCUUUUGUUAGGUCCAGUUCACUCAGAAGCCUGACAUUUUGAUCCAGGUUUGUAGUGGUCAAUUCACGUUUAUAUAUUGGUGCAAAAAAGUCUUCUUAUUUUGCCUAAAUAGCUCUUGAAUAAUCAUUUCUUCGUUUUUUGGUCCGUUGCCAUAAUCGCUUUCAUCAUGGAUCUUCUUCGAACCUACGUGUCCCUUCUUGGUAUUUAAAAAUGCAGUGUUGUCAGUUGUACCUCUUCUACUCGUAGUUUCGUGACAUCCGAAAAUAAACAUUGUGGCUCUCGUGUCUCGUGUCGUUUCUUAAUUUAAUUUUGCUUUGGUUUUCCAUCGCGUUUUUCAUAACUUUUUUAUGUUGUCUGGUGUGAUCAUUUUUUUUGGGGGUAUCCUGAUCAUUGAGCAUCAUCAGGGCUUGUACUCUAAAUACCAGUCAAUGAUUUUUAUGGGAGAGAAGUUCUUUGGAUUUUUGUAAAUGGGAUGGGUACAUUAUUCAUUUGAGGUGAGAAGUAUUUUAAGUUUGACCCUGAUAGAGGAAAAUUUUUCCUUUACAAGACUGGAAUUGUGGUAUAUUUAGGAGGGUAGUGUAGUGUAGACUGAAAUGAAAGGCUUGAAGUAACAAGAAGAAAGAAAAAUGUUUAUUCAUGUUGGCGGGUAAAAUCGAUGAGAUUUGUCUGAAGAAUAUUCACCAUAAGCUAUUAAUUUUGCUUUUAAAACAAUGUUUAUUUCACAUAUGAAAUUCUUUUUAUUUAUUGUUUAAAAAAAUCGCAAUAUUUCACUUUGAAAUAUAGAAAUUUCGUCAGACUUCUUGAUCGUUGGUAUAUUUGAAUAAGGGAUUCCUCACAACCACCAAAAAGGCUAGUAAACCCUUCAAAACUAUUCAAAUUUCACAUUUUUUCCUUUUCGACGAUCUAAAUUUUUCGGUUCUUUUUGUUUUUCACCUCACCACACUUUCAAUAUAAUUUAUGUGGUAUUUUUACUAGUUAGCUUCCAACUUUAUAUCUGUGAAUUUUUUUUUGGAACCUGAUAAUCCCUCAUUCAAAUACUCUUCACUAUGUUUUAGAAUUGUCAAUUUGAAGAAAGCUACAUCGAGCAAAAUAGUGAAACGUUUUAAUGUACAGAUAUUAUUCUUGUAACACAAAUAAAAUCAUUAUAACUAA